UGUGUGUGAAUUUUAAACACUGCUCAGUGGUACAUCUGAAGGCAUUAACAGUAGCAAGUCUGUCUUUGGUGGGUGGUCUGUUUAUAAAUUUGCAUGGUUGGUAUAGUACUACUGUAGGUGGGGACUCUGAAAUGUUAUCACCAAAGGGGAAUUGUUAUUUUCUCAUUUGUAUUUAUUAGGAUGGUACUAAAAACCCACAUUCUGUUUUCUGGAUGUUAGCUGUAGCAGCCUCUUUCUCCCUGUGGUUAAGACUGUGUUCUCAGGGCCUCACAUUUUGGGGGACUGUUAGGGAAAGGAAUUCUGUUUGUCCUCCCACAUUCUUAUUGAGGGGCGGUGGGAGCUGUCAUGGGCCAUCUCCUCGGGCAGUGAUUCUCUGCCUCUUACCACGCUCUCCACUGCUUGGGGUCCAAGAGCAUUACCCUCCAGGCGUCAGCUGGACUCACAGUGAGACAAGAAGUGGUGGGAAGCAGAGACCAGUGGGUGCCCCUACCCAAACCACUUAGUUUUGCUGGGCAUUAGGCUCCCAACCCCUUUUACUGGCCACUUGUUCAGCUGCCUUGUGCGUACUGCUCGUCUCUGUUCCUGUGUGUCCUGCUCUCUGGCUGCCUGUGACCUUCACGGUCCCAUCGGAGAAGACCUGGUCCCUGUAUAAGUACGACCACAAAUAUCCUCCACAGGGAACUUCCUUUCCACACUCAAGUACUAUGGUUCUCUGACUUAAUUGUACUGUGAGUAAAAUUAUACCCCCUUUAUGCACAGCUGUGCACAGUGCAUUUCUUUUGUUUUUUUUUUUUUUUGGCGGUUCGCUGCCCUCUCACUGUUGUUGCCUCUUCCAUUGCGGCUCCGGACACGCAGGCUCAGCGGCCAUGGCUCACGGGCCCAGCCGCUCCGCGGCAUGUGGGAUCUUCCCGGACCGGGGCACGAACCCGCAUCCCCUGCAUCGGCAGGUGGACUCUCAACCACUGCGCCACCAGGGAAGCCCGCAUUUCUUUUUUUAAAAAAAUUUAUUUAUUUAUUGUAUUUAUUUAUUUUUGGCUGUGUUUGGUCUUCAUUGCUGCACGUGGGCGUUCUCUAGUUGCAGUGAGCAGGGGCUACUCUUCGUUGCCAUGUGUGAACUUCUCACUGUGGUGGCUUCUCUUGUUGCGGAGCACGGGCUCUAGGCACGUGGGCUUCAGUAGUUGUGGCACGCAAGCUCAAUAGUUGUGGCUCACAGGCUCUAGAGUGCAGGCUCAGUAGUUGUGGUGCACGGGCUUAGUUGCUCCGUGGCAUGUGGGAUCUUCCCGGACCAGGGCUCAAACCCGUGUCCCCUGCAUUGGCAGGCGGAUUCUCAACCACUGCACCACCAGGGAAGUCCCCACAGUGCAUUUCUUAAAUGAUAAUAUGAACACAUGGCCAUUUUAUGCUGAAGGUGGAUACCAUGCUUAUCUUAUUUUUGCUGCUCUCCAAUGACCUGAUAAGAUUUUGUUAUUUAUUACCUAUAAUACAAAAAAGUGUCAGUAUAAUCAUUUUAAAGUUUAAAAAUAAAUGAAGAAAUUGAAAAGGUAUGCUAAGUUUUAAAUUUCUGGCUUUUAAUACUUGACAUUUUGUUUUUUUUUUUUUAAGUUAGGUCAACAUUGAUGCUUAUUCUAUCAAUUGGAAUAGCUUUUAUUUAAUUUUUUGAAAAUAAAUGGCUUUUUUCUAUGGAAUUAUUUAAAGAUUAGCUUAUUAAAGUCUUUCAUGCUAAUCAGGCAUUUUUUUCCAUUUCUCUGAACAUUGACUUACAACCUCCAUCUUGGACGGAGAACAAUACAUAAAAGCCUGGUCAUUCAGAGAAAUGAUGUUUUCAUGUUUAAAGCUUCAUUGUACUUUGGUGAAUAAUCCAGUCCCUUUAUGUAUUCAUUGUAAUUUUUAACUUUUUAACCAAUGAACUUUAAAAAUACUUAAAAUUGGUUGGAAUAGUUAAGGAACAACUUUUUUUCUUUACUAAAUUUUCCUUAAAUUGGUUGACGUUAAGUCACCUUCCCUCAGACCCACAUUAUUGGUAUCUUAACUCUGCUAAUGUUUCUGUACUUGGAGAAAAGUCUGCGCUUGUUAGGGUUUAGUGGUCCCUUGUUCAUUAUAGGUGCAGGCGAGUCCCCACCUGCAGCCCCGUGUGCUUUAAUAGCAGUGUCGUCUCUGAUCUAAACCUUUGCCUGAGAUUUACGUUGUUAAGUCAGUAUGCUGUUUUUCUAAACCAAGAGACAAUUAGACAUUUUGUCAUGAAAUCAGAGGGCCUUAAAACAAACAAAAACCCUUGAAUUUAUUUAUUUUUUAAGUAGACUAUUUUUUAGAGCCGUUUAGGUUUGCAGCAAAAUUUAGAAGAAGAUGCAGAGAGUUCCCAUACACCCUUGCCCCCAUAUAUGCACAACUUCCCCAUGGUCAAGAUUACCCACCAGAGGUGGGAAAUGAGUUACAAUCCAUCUACACCGAUGCUUAUAGCGUGCUUCACUGUUGGUGUGCAUUCUGUGGGUUUGGUGAAGUUUAUUUUUAAUGUAAAAUAUCAACUUAACGCAUUUUUUAUAACUGUCAUAUAAUUUUGGUUUUGAAAAUUAGUGUAGAGCAGGGAAAUGGCUAUCUGAUUUUAAGACAGUGAAGGUUUUUAGGAGCCUUAGGGUGUGACAAUGAAAAGUGGUAUCUCUGUCUGCACAGUUUCUUUCCAAGGAUUCUGUGGCUUUUGAAUGUGAGCAAAGGAGGGAAGGCUGGGAUCUGAGACUAGGUGAAUCGCCUCUUUCUUGCUCCUUAAAUUAAAAAUUCAUUUAAAUUAAGUUGUUCCUAAAUUAAACAUUGCCCCAAAACAUAGAACAUGGUGUCUAAUGAAUAGUCCCAAAAGCUAUAACUGUGCCUGGGCAUGUUUUAAAUAUUUUAUUACAGGUGUGGUCCACUAGUUGACCUUUGUAAAGGCCCCCAUGUAAGACACACUGGAAAAAUUAAAGAGAUAAAAAUUUUCAAGAAUUCCUCAGCAUAUUGGGAGGGUAACCCUGAAAUGGAAACGCUGCAGAGGGUCUACGGGAUAUCCUUUCCUGAUGACCAGAUGAUGACAGCCUGGGAGAAGCUGCAGGAGGAGACCAAGACCCAGGAUCACAGGAGGAUUGGGAAGGAACAAGAACUUUUCUUCUUCCAUGAUCUGAGUCCUGGAAGCUGUUUCUUUCUUCCCAGAGGAGCCUUCGUUUAUAAUACACUUAUGGAUUUCAUACGAGAGGAGUACCACCGACGCAGCUUCCUGGAGGUGCUCUCCCCCAACGUGUACAGCAGUAAGCUCUGGGAAACCUCUGGACACUGGCAGCAUUACAGUGACAACAUGUUCACCUUUGACAUUGACAAGGACACUUUUGCCCUUAAGCCCAUGAAUUGUCCGGGGCACUGUCUGAUGUUUGCCCAUCGUCCACGAUCUUGGAGGGAAAUGCCUAUUAGAUUUGCUGACUUCGGAGCUCUUCACAGGAAUGAGCCGUCAGGAACUUUGCAUGGCUUGACCCACGUCAGGCGCUUCCAGCAGGAUGACGCUCACAUCUUCUGCACUGUGGAGCAGAUUGAAGAAGAAAUAAAAGGGUGUUUGCAGUUUUUGCAAUCCGUUUACUCAACAUUUGGCUUCUCCUUUCAAUUAAAUUUGUCAACAAGACCUGAAAACUUUCUAGGGGAGGUUGAGAUAUGGGAUGAAGCUGAAAAGCAACUACAGAAUAGCUUGAUGGAAUUUGGGAAACCAUGGAAGAUGAACCCGGGAGAUGGAGCAUUUUAUGGUCCUAAAAUUGAUAUAAAAAUCAAGGAUGCUAUUGGCAGAUACCAUCAGUGUGCUACAAUUCAGCUGGACUUCCAACUGCCUGUAAGAUUUAAUCUUACGUAUGUUAGUAAGGAUGGGGAUGAUAAGAAGAACCCUGUGAUCAUUCAUCGAGCCAUUUUGGGGUCAGUGGAAAGAAUGAUAGCCAUUCUCUCAGAAAACUAUGGAGGAAAAUGGCCUUUCUGGCUGUCUCCUCGUCAGGUAAUGGUCAUCCCUGUGGAGCCAACUUGUGAAAAAUAUGCACUUCAGGUAUCCACUGAAUUUUUUGAAGAAGGAUUCAUGGCUGAUGUUGACUUAGAUCAUAGUUGUACACUAAAUAAGAAAAUACAAAAUGCACAGCUGGAUCAGUAUAAUUUUAUUUUGGUCGUUGGAGAAAAGGAAAAGACAAAUAAUGCCGUAAAUGUUCGAACAAGAGACAACAAAAUUCAUGGAGAGAUUUCAGUAACUUCUGCCAUUGAUAAAUUGAAGAAUCUCAAGAAAUCACGUACCCUGAAUGCUGAGGAAGAAUUCUGAAGUCCUUUCCUUGUGCUCACAUCUGUGUAACCUUGUUCUGAACCCUGAACAUGCAUUUUCCUUAAUUACCAUUCAUACUUCUGAGAACUUAGGACCCACUAUCUGGUCCACUGAUGGGCACAGUGAGAAGUGAGAUGGGGAAUGAGUGGCUGAUAUGCACAAAAUCUGAUUCACUAAUGUGUCUGCGGACAAUGAGAGGACAAGUGUGGGAAAUUUUAAAUUUCCCAAAUAUCUUGAGAGACUUCAAUGGGAAAAUGUCAUUCAUCAAAGAGGGAAAUA